AUGGUGUACUUCAGAUACAAAACACUUGCUCUGGUAGGAACAUACCUCAGCGCUCAAGUGAGUUCUCACAGCCACCACCAUGGCGAGGAACAGACGCCGCUGAGCCAGGAGGAGCUAGAACAUAAAUGGGCACCAGAAUUAUCUGCAUUUUCGACCAUGGGCACGUUUGGAGGACUCGAACAUGUCCCGUGUCUCACUAAGCCAAAUGAGCAGUACGACAUUGCCAUUAUUGGAGCACCAUUCGACACAGCAACUUCAUACAGGCCUGGAGCACGAUUUGGGCCUAGGGCAAUCCGUGAAGCAAGUGGUCGUCAAGUACCAGCGCGUUCUUAUAACGUGCGGGCCGGAAUCAAUCCUUAUAUGGAUUGGGCUAGAGUUAUAGAUUGCGGGAAUAUCCCCAUCACACAGAUGGACAACAGAAUCGCGGAAAAGCAGAUGUUCGAAGCUUUUCUGGAGCUAGGUAUGCGAAAGACGGCAUAUCAGCCGAAGAAGGGUGAGAAGUCCCAAAGACAACCAAGGAUUUCUGAUGGGAGGCCUAAGAUUGUAACUCUCGGAGGAGAUCAUAGCAUUAUCCUUCCGGCAUUGAGAGCCUUGAAUGAGAUCUAUAAAAAACCGAUUACUGUGAUACACUUUGAUGCUCAUCAAGAUACCUGGGAAUCAUCCCGUUACGACGGCUACUGGAAACCAGAUGUAGAUGGACUCAACCAUGGAACCUGGCUCUUCCAUGCCGGUCAAGAAGGGCUAAUUUCAAACACGACAUCUGCUCAUGCGGGAUUACGAUCAUAUCUCGGUGGAGCUGAUGAUAGAGAUUACCGUACUGGGGUAGAGAAAGGGUUCAUGCGUAUUCAUGCCGAUGAUAUCGACGAUAUCGGUACUCAGGGGAUAAUCGACGCGAUAUACUCGCGAGUUGGCCUUGAUCCCGACCAGCCUGUCUAUAUAAGUCUGGAUAUCGAUGUUCUUGACCCCAGCAUUGCACCUGGAACAGGCACGCCGGAAUCAGGCGGCUGGACAUCAAGGGAGCUGGCCAGGAUCCUCCGCGGGCUCGAGAAAUUGAAUAUCGUGGGUGCCGAUGUGGUUGAGGUCUCGCCUAGCUAUGACCACCGCGGUGGGGGGACAGCUCUCGCGGCCGCACAUGUGGUCAAUGAGAUCAUUGCUAGCAUGGUGAAACUUGGAGUUGAAGACCAAGCCAAGGUUGGGGGUUGGUUUGGUAGAAAGGGAGAUGAGGGGUCGAUAAAAGAUGGCGUAAUGAAUUCGUAUAAGGAGGGUGUCCGAAUUGGUCUGGAUGGGCUAAAAGAAGAGCUUUGA